AUGAGCAAUAAUCUUCACCACAAUUUUGAAGUUUCCGUUUUAACGAGAAGACGUGAUUGUAAGCGUACCAAUUUUCUUUACAAAAGGUUAUACAGCACUAAAAUAGAGUUCACAGCACUGUUUUACCGAGAGCAGGAGGACGAAGAAAAAAUGUUGGUUAAAGACGUCAUGAAAUCUAUUUCGAUGAACUCUUGCGUCAAAUUCAAGGAAAUACCAAGAGAUGAUAAAACUACUUUUCAUGUUCGAAUUGUCUCAGAGAUUGGUUGUGCAUCAGAAUAUGCUGGGCGAGGUAAUGUUAUGUUCUUUCAGAAGCUUUCCUUACAAAGAGAUAUAUGUUUACAGAAGUGGGUUAUUGCACAUGAACUUUUUCAUGUAUUGGGAUUCCAGCAUGAAAUGAAUCGACCGGAUCGUGACAGAUACGUGAAUAUUAUAUGGGAGAAUAUUGAUAAAAAAAAGAAUGAAGUACAAUUUGAAAGAAUAUCGUUGAGUAAUGCUGAAACAUUUGAUGUUGCCUACGAAUACAAUUCUAUUAUGCAUUAUCAUGCUUAUACAUUUGCGAUAAACAAGAACAAACCGUCGAUUCUUCCCACUGAUCCUACAAUGUCAUACUUGUCGAUCGGACCUGGAGAUAAACCUACAGAGAUGGAUUAUUUCAAGUUGAAUCUCUUAUAUGACUGCAAAAGCAGCAACACUCCAAUUAGCGCUUGGACAAAAUGGGGCCCAUGUCUCGAAUACGCUGAUCACACGUAUCAUAGAAUUCGUCAGCGAUUCUGUUCACAUGAAGAUGUCAGUGAAUGUUGGGAACUCAUUGAGAAACGGGUUCAAACCGAAAGAAAGAGUUGUGAUGAAAAGACUGAAGAUCUAGCAACCUGGAAUAGAUGGUCAACCUGGUCUUAUUGCAACGUAUUGCCUGGAAGAAUAUUCCUCCCACAAGAAAGAACACGCGAUUGUCCAAAAAAGAAGAGGUGCUGGGGUUCUAGUAAGCAAUCAAGACCCUGCCGAACGGAUGAAACAGUUCGAGGUCAGUAUAAUUCUUUAAACCACACAUCACUCUUUUUGCUUAAAAAUUCUACUCUGUGA